UGUCGGUGCACCUAACAGUGUAAGCUGUAGAUUUGUGUCGGGACUUUUGCCCGUAGGGAUUUUCUCCCUCCGGACGUGGAUAGCGUAAUAAUAGCUUUGCACAGUGGUCGAUUGUAACAACCAGCGAGCCAACUGCGCGUACUAGUUAGUAUACAGGACCCACGUUUGCCAACGUGCACGUUGUUGCAGGUAAUGCUGAAAAAUAUAUCACAUACGGGAUUUAUGACCAAAGGAACCCCACCAGGUGGCGCCCCCCGCUGGGCAGACUUGCUACGAAAUUCGUUAGAAAAGCUUUACCACGAAGCAGACCGCACCCCUAAAGUCCUUUUCAUCCAUACAUAUAGUUAAAUUAAAUCUCUAUGUUUUAUGUUGACGUUAUUAACCUUAGGAAAUUUUCAACAGGAGGUCGUAAAAACUUUUUUUAACUUAUUGAAAAACUGACCAAGUCACAAAACGUCUAUCAGAAGAGUAGCAUUUCAUUGUAAAAUGGGUUUGAAAUAUAUCGUUUUUUAACUCCAGAAAAAGUAAAACAGAACUAAGAAGAAAAUUUCCAUACCAUAAAAACAAAACCUCAAGUAUAUGACACAACGAUUGAUCGAGUGACGUUUUACUAGGGCUUGUUUUGAAAGAUUUGUUGCAAGAAAUUAUAUAUGUGUAUAAAAAAAACUGUAAGGAGUGUAUAACGGUUGAUUGCAGCAAAUAAGAUUUUAACUUUGAAAUAUUUAUAUCCUUAAAGACAAUGCAAAAAUUUCUUGAUUAUAUAUUUUUAGGGUCAUUUUUUAUUUUAUUUGCCCUCUAUUGGACUCUAAAACUUGCGCUGGUCUUAGAAGACCGACGACAAAAAGGAAUUCGAGUUCGUAGGUGGAAGUUUGGGUAUCGAGCUGAGUUGAGAGAGCAGCAAACUCCUCCUUCUUCUUCCAGUAGAGUCCAGACCGAGACUAAAGAGCCAAGAGGAUGCAAACUACACAUUGUCUGCCCACACCACCGUCGUUGGCCGCUACAAGGGAUUCUGAAGAUCUCCUGUGGUAUUAUCGGAUUUACAGGAGAAAUAUGUACUGCCUUUCCAAAGGGAGUAUUCAAAUAUGUAGAAGAUAUUCAACUGGCUUCAGUGUAUGUCAUGUUUAUUUUAUCGGGAGUAGUAGAUAUUUUACAUAAUUUAAAUAUUCUAUUUCCCAAAGGAACCAGUAACUUUGUGCUCGCUCUCACAUUUGGUGUCGAAACGUUACAGUUCCUAGAUACAGAGAACAAAACACACCUAGAAAAGGAGAUGCAGAACCUGUUGAUCUGGACUGUAUUGAUGUGUGUUUUUUCCACCCUUGCAGAAAUGCGUUUUUCUUCCAACCUUCCCUUAAAAUUUGUACGGUCUUAUUUCAUUUUACUGCAAGGAUUCUGGCUGCUUCAAAUGGGAUUCUUACACGGCGGUAUAGUUUCUAAUAUUCCUGGUUUGUCUCAGUUCAUUUCGAAUAUAAAUACAUCUGGUUUGGUUCUCUCAUGGGUAUCGUUGAUCCUUUCCUGGCAUGUGGUAGGCACAUUUGUAUUAAUGUCCAUUCUUGCCGCUGUGGCUGUGCUUAUCAAACGCAAAAGCAAGUGCUGCUGGCGCUCUACUAGUACGUGGGGUAAUGGUGGAUCUGAAGAAGUAGAAGCGACUCCUAGUGUUCCAGAUGAUUGGGAAGAAAGAGAACCACUUCAUCCCUGAUUACUAAUAAAAAAAUAAUGGAAUUUAAAAAUAUAUUGCGAUUGUUACAGUUUUUAAAUGUUAAGUAUUUUUAAAGCUUAUCUAACUACUUCGAAGGUUUGAGGUAAACUGGUAAACUUUACCUUAAAAAAUUUGCUAACCUGAGCGUGAUAUAUCUGGUUUAUUUUAAGUCUGCACUAUAGAGGAUUAUCUUAAUUAAUUCCACACUGGUUUAUUUCUUGGACAUUGGAUUUAAUCCUUUUUGCCUUUCGAGUGUUUGAGGAGCGUCAAACACUCAAACAAUAACUAACCACGCAGUCGUCAUUAAAUCACUCUCGCUUCCUUGCAGUGUGUUAACAUGGUGUUUUACGUACCGUCAGAGUGAAAUGUUGAAAUUUGUAUUCGUUUCCAAAAUGUGAUAACAAACAAUGACUUUUUAGCAGAAUCCUCAAUAAAUAUGUACUAGCUUAA